AUGUCGCAACUCCUUAUCAAAUAUGCAAACUUCCUAAAGCAGAAACCCCUCUUAGCCAAUAGCAUCAGUUCUGCCUUCCUUUUUGGCACUGGCGAUAUUCUUGCACAAUGUAUUUUCCCCAAAGAAGGGUCUCGGUUUGAUUACAGGCGUACUAUAAGAAAUGCUGUUUAUGGUGGCAUUAUCUUCUCACCCUUGGUUACUAAAUGGUACGUCUGGUUAAACACAAGUGUUCGGUAUCCAUUUCGAACCUUGUUUCGCCGUCAACCCUCCUCUACACAAAGAUCAAUAUUGGAUACAAUUUGCCGAACAGCGGCAGAUCAGCUUAUGUGGGCUCCCAUGGGAAUUCCCUUAUACUUUAUGAGUAUCUCAUUCAUGGAGGGAAAGGGUUGGCAGGACGUUAAGCAGAAAUUGGAUGACAAGUAUGAAGAAACCCUCAUUAACAACUGGAAAGUUUGGCCAGUGUUCCAAGCCCUCAACUUCUAUUUUGUUAGUCCCGAUUACAGGCUACUUACGGUUAAUAUAGUGAGUAUUCUCUGGAACUGCUAUAUGAGUCUUGAAAAUUAUAAGGUAACCGAGACCCUUACUUUUAAGGAGUGA